UACAUACACAGUAUGGAAGUGAAAAAUAUUCAAUAUUAUUUAUAUAACGACAAUGGAGUCAGUACAGCAGAGGCGGUAAUGGUAGAGGAAAAUAGACUCCUUAAACAGCUGGAAGAAGCUGUUUCCGCCAGCAAAGAUCAACAUUCUGAAGAUGAAAUAAACGCUGCCGUUGCCAUGAUGUUAAUGCAUUAUCAAGCUAUAACCGAACCCGAAUUGACACCCAAAAAUAAUUUUAUUACACAAGUCCCCCAACCGAAGGAAAAGCAACUGAAAGCAAGUGUUACCAUUACAAAAGUGAAUUCCACACAAAAUAUCAAUUUAAAUACAAUUGAACAACAGAUUCGCCAAAAUCGUAAAAGUAGUUAUAGUAAAUCUUCGCUUUUGUCUGCGUGUCGUAAUAUUUUAAAAGAAUUUUUAUCUCAAAAUAGUUUCUGAUCGUAUAAGGAUGAUGAUGCGUUUUAAAAACGUUUAACAAUUUUUGCUUAAAGUAUAAUUUGUUUAUAAAUAUGUACUCUUUAAGGGUUGCUAGU